CAGAGAGAAGAAGGCUAUGGACAAACUGUAAGCUUCAACAUCUCUCAGAUUAGAGAUUCUGAGUUGAACUUCAUCCUUUGAAAAGGUUUCUGACAUCAUUAUGAAGUUUAUCCUCUUCUGGGUGAUCUUGAAUCUGCCUCGUGCUUUGGCCUAUGACCCAGAUUACAUACAUGACAUCACUCCCCCCUAUUUGGUCUAUUUGAAAUCUGAUUACUUGCCCUGUACUGGAGUCCUGAUCCACCCCCUGUGGGUGAUUACAGCUUCAAGCUGCAACUUACUGAAUCUUAAGGUGGUAUUGGGGGUUACAAACCCAUCAAGCCUCACUGAAAAAGAUGUACAAGUGGUUGGCUAUUCGAAGAUGAUUAAUCAUCCGUACUUCUCAAUCACUUCUAUUGAGAAUAACCUAAUGUUGAUCAAGUUGGAAAGAUACAUUGAAGUCAAUGACUACGUGAAACUGGUCAGCCUGCCCAAAGAACCUCCCAGAGAAAACACCAUGUGCAUGGUCUCCACCUGGGCUUACAACAUAUGUGACAUCUCAAAGGACCCUGACUCACUGCAGAAUGUGAACAUCUCUGUUAUCUCCAAGACUAAUUGCCGCAAUGCCUAUAAAAGUUAUGACAUCACACAAAGUAUGUUGUGUUUGGGCAUUGUGCCAGGAAGAAGGCAGUCCUGCAAGGAAGUCACAGCUGCCCCAGCAGUCUGCAAUGGGAUACUUCAAGGAAUCCUCACUUUUACGGAUGGAUGUGUUUUGAGAGCUGAUGUUGGCAUCUAUACCAGAAUCUUUAACUAUGUACCCUGGAUUGAAAAUACAAUCCGAAACAACUGAGCUCCCUCAGCAGGAAUUCUGGACCAUUUGACUCAGCCUGUACCCAUGUCUAGCCUUACAAGCAAAUCUAAAUAGACUCCUUGGGUUCC